GAUAGGAGCCUCGCUUGCUGCUCCCCCUCCUCCGUUCUCUCGCUCUCCUCCACCCUAACCUUUUCCCUCUUCCUCUCUUGCAACAGUUGCUCCUACCUUGGUGUUGCUCCCCUUUCCCCUCCUCCUCCUCUCUUUGCUUUCCUCCUCCAAAUCUCUCCAAAAUCUCCUCACCUUGUCUUGCGCCCAAAAAGUUGGGGCCAAUUCGGCGCCGCGCCGCCUUUUAUCUGCUGCUGAGCUGCCUGCACAUGAGAUCAUGAGCUCCGAGGACUCGCUCAAAUCCUUGUCGCUCGACUACCUGAACUUGCUCAUCAAUGGCCAGGCCUUCAGCGACGUCGCCUUCAGCGUCGAGGGCCGGCUUGUCCAUGCUCACCGCUGCGUGCUGGCGGCGCGGAGCUUGUUCUUUAGGAAGCUGUUCUGCGGCCUUGAUCCGAACCACCAGCCGCCGCCGCCGCCGCCGCCUUUAAACUGGCCGACGACGGCGGGGGGCGGCCCUGCUGGUGGCGGGCGUGGAGGCGCCGGUGGUGGUGGUGGUGGAGGUGGAGCGCCUGCCACGCCGGAGCUGGUCAUCCCCGUCAGCUCGAUCCGGUACGAGGUGCUGGUGCUGGUGCUGCAGUUCCUGUACAGCGGGCAGGCGUCGGUGGCGGCUCCCAAGAGCGGGCCGCUGCCCGGGUGCGGCGCCCGCGGGUGCUGGCACACGCGGUGCGGCGCCGCCGUCGACCUCGCCCUCGACACGCUCGCCGCCGCGCGCUCCUUCGGCGUCGAGCAGCUCGCCCUGCUGGUUCAGAAGCAGCUGGAGAGCAUGGUGAAGGAGGCGUCGGUGGACGACGUGAUGAAGGUGCUGAUGGCGUCGCGCAAGUUCGAGAUGCAGGAGCUCUGGGCGACUUGUUCUCACCUCGUCGCGCGCUCCGGCCUCUCCGCCGACCUCCUCGCCAAGCACCUCCCCAUCGAUGUGGUCGCCAAGAUUGAGGAGAUCCGCUCCAAGUCGCCGCUCACCGCGGCGGCCACGCCGCGCUCGCCGUUCCUGACGCACCACUACCUCCCCAUCAACGCGGCGUCCUCCGCGGCCGACCGCGACAACAAGAUCCGCCGCAUGCGGCGCGCCCUCGACGCGGCUGACAUCGAGCUCGUCAAGCUGAUGGUCAUGGGCGAGGGCCUCGACCUCGACGACGCGCUCGCCGUCCACUACGCCGUCCAGCACUGCAACCGCGACGUCGUCAAGGCGCUGCUCGAGCUCGGCGCCGCCGACGUCAACUCCCGCGCCGGGCCGACAGGGAAGACCGCGCUGCACCUGGCGGCGGAGAUGGUCUCCCCCGACAUGGUGUCCGUGCUCCUCGACCACCACGCCGACCCGAACGCCAGGACGCUCGACGGCGUCACCCCGCUCGACGUGCUCCGCAGCCUCACCUCCGAGUUCCUCUUCAAGGGCGCCGUGCCGGGGCUCACCCAUAUUGAGCCCAACAAGCUCAGGCUCUGCCUCGAGCUCGUGCAGUCGGCGGUGAUGGUGACCACGCGCGACGACGGUGCGCCUGUCGCCGGCGCCGGCGAGGCCGGCGGAAGCGACGGCGGCAAUUUCCCGAGGAGUGACGCCGACGACAGCUUGGUGAGCCUGACAAUGAACUCGACGCUCAUGUACCAGGGCCAGGAAAUGGCGGCGGCGGCGGCAGUGGCCGACGAGGCGAGGAAAAGCAACAACGGCAGAGGGAGCCCGUCCGCCAUGUACUUCCCCAAUGGCUUCGCAUAAUUAAGUAAAAUUGUUCCCUAUCUUUCUCUCUUCUAGUUGUGCUGAGAUUUGUGGGGUUUAUGGUUGACAAGAUCAGAGAGACCAAAUGGGUGUAGCUAGCUACUAUAUAGCUAGGAUAUAUGGCCAAGAAUUUAGUGGUAUUUGAUGUGGAUUGUUCGAUCUUCGCAUGAUUUAUCGCUUGCGCAGCAACUGUUGCAUGCUAAUUUGUUCGAAAAAGUUUCAAACCCAGCAAUGUUCAUCUUGUAAUGGAGCUGUCUCCAACAAAAAAAAAAAAUCUUGCUCCAGCUUCAGCUAUAGUAGUGUUGAUGGCCUGAAGAAGUGAAGAGGAUGCAUGAGUUUAGCUGUUGGUGUUUUUACAAUGUCUUUAUGCAGUGCAGCUUUUGGCUACUGUAGUAGGCUUUGGACGAUAGGAAAGCGGGGUGCAAGAUCAUGUGAAGGAAUGGGGAUCGAGUGGCAUUCGACAAGGCGAAUCUAGGUGUGCAUGCAAUUGAAUGGCACAG